CCCUGCUUCGUUCUGUCAUUUUUUGUGUUUUGAUUUCUACAUCUCCCAACACCAAGCUGCUUCAUUUUGGAAAAAGUACAUAUCUGUGGUAAGCAAAAUAUCAGAUAAUUUCAACACAGCGCUUCGUUUUUAAUCGUUGUCCGGGAAGUAAACAUGACCUACCAGCUGUACCGGAACACGACCCUCGGCAAUACACUGCAGGAAAGUUUGGACGAGCUGAUACAGUAUGGACAAAUCACUCCUCAACUGGCUGGCCGAGUGUUGGUGCAGUUCGAUAAAUCCAUCAACGCGGCCCUUUCGAACCGGGUAAAGUCGCGCGUCACUUUCAAAGCCGCCAAGCUCAACACGUACCGCUUCUGUGACAACGUUUGGACGCUGAUGCUGAACGAUGUCGAGUUUCGCGAGGUGCACGAGUUUGCGCGAGUGGAAAAAGUAAAAAUUGUUGCCUGUGAUGGUAAAAAUGUCAGCACAGGGGAUGAACCGAGCAGGUAGUGCAAAAGUAUGUCCUCUUUUUAAUUACGUUACACCUGCAUGGAAGCGUCUUCGAGCGUCUUUCCCUGGCGUGUUUUCACCAUUAUUUUUGUUUGUGUUAGUACAUAAGAGUGCUUCUAUGAGCAUUGGAACGAAUAUUCUAUAAAUACCAUUUAACCGAUACUUGUAAAACGCUGCUAAAAUAAAGCACAUUAAUUUGACCCUGAUCCGUGCGUGGCGAGUAGGCAAAAG